AACGGCAUAACUUUUAGAAGUCCGAACCCGGAACGUCCGGGACUACUGCAAUCCUCUGCGGCGAGAAAUCCGGAGCGGAGAUGGCAAAGGAACCCACUGCGGCACCCGAAACCAGCGGUCUCUCUGUCGAAGAAUGUCAGGACAUGAUUCAAAAAAGUCUACGAAGUAAACCCAUUUCGUCUUUCACUUUCUUUUGAACUAAUAAAGGGUUUAGGGUUUUAAGAUUUUGUGUUUUGUUUUUUGCUUACUCUCUGUGAUUUCUGAUUGUCACUGGGAAAAAUAAAGUUAGAAUGGGAAAAAUUUUUGUGAAAUGGUUCUUGGAUGGUGUUUGGGGUUAUGGGUUUUAGGAUUUUGGGUUUUGAAGAUGCCAUUUUGCAAGCAGUUUAAUUUGAGUGGAAAUGAAGAGUUCUACUGGAUUCUUUUGGUAUUCCUAACCAGCCAAGCUGAAAUAUAUGUAUAGGAAUAGUCUUUUACUUAAUUGCUUUCCAUUUUUCUGUGUCUCCCUUUUAUGGAACAGCUCCAAUGGUGAAAUUCUUGAGGGAAAAGAUGGAGAAAGCCGGGUGCGCGGUUGGGGACAACUUCAUCAAGGCAGCUCAUUGUGAUAAAAAGAUCAGUGGGUAUUAUGCUUUUGGCCAGGGGAUAAUUGUCUGCAACAAUCACCUGAAAAUUCAAGACGAGGUCAAUCAAGUAGUUAUAAACAAGUUAAUUAAUCUAUAUGAUGUUUGUCGUGCUGCCAAUUUGGACUGGACUAAUUGUGCACAUCAUGCCUGUACUGCGAUUCGUGCUAAUCAUCUAAGUGGUGAUUGCCACUACAAGCGAGAAUUGUUGCGAGGCAAUAUCAAGAUAAGAGGCCAUGAACAAGAAUGUGUGAAACGACGCGUAAUGAAAUCACUGGCCAACAACCCUUACUGCUCUGAAGCUGCUGCAAAGGAUGCCAUGGAAGCUGUAUGGGAUGUCUGUUACAAUGAUACUCAGCCCUUUGACAGAGCUCCUUGAAGCAUUAUAAUAGCAACUUUCCAUUCUAAACUUUCAGUUUUCAUAUUUCUUUUGAAAUUUUUCCCCAAAAGAAACCAAAUUUUGAAGGAUUGGGUAUAUGCCGUUCUUGAGAUACACAUUUGUUUUUAGGAGAAAAUAUCUUCUCCUUUCAGGCAAAUUCGAAUAAAAAGAGUUCAUUUUUGUUGGUUUUAUAAAGGAUGCCAUUGUAUGGUAACUACACACUAAUUCAGUUGGAAGAAUCUUCAUAAGUUGUUUGUAUUGAUUGAACCUUUUCAAGCAAUUCAUAUUGUAGGUUUAUAAUGUGUUCUUGAGAAAUCACUUGUAAUGCAUGACUCUUCUCGAUUCAUGAGUCCUGACCCUUUGGCUGAUUCCAUUGAAAGAAACAAUUGCUACAUUUUCUCUGCCAGGGAACAUGGUUUAAGGAUGAGGUAAUCCAUCAUAUUCAAAUUUUUUCAGCUGCUGAAGGCUCCAGGGCUAGAGAAAAUAUUCUUAUUAUUCAGUGUGGCUCUCUUUUUAACAUUUGUUCUGUAUUCCAUCUAUGAAUUCAGAGUACUGUGUAAGUGGAUGGAUUUCAUUUCAAGAUAAUGGACCACAUGGCGGCAAACAAUGUCUUAUUCCCCUUUUGAAAAUUGGAUUACUUUAGAAGCUUAGAAAGGACAAAAAGUAACACCAGCCUGUUCCGCGGACAAUAGUCAAGUCUAUAAACAAUGUAUUAUUCU